AUGAGUAGGAACUUCCUGUCCAAAACAGAUGAGCUUCGUCGGGGAGACUACGGGGAGACUAACAACAAGAAAUGGAAGACAGUCAUCCAGGAGGAUGGUAACUUUAUCAUCUAUGGCUGCACGCCUCUGUGGACAUCAGACACGUAUGGAUCUGAUGCUUUCUGUCUGUGCUCGCAGGCUGACUGCAACCUGGUCAUGUUCAACAAGAGCGCCACUCCCACGUGGCACACAAACACACACAUCACGAGUGAGAGCAGCAUGUGUCGUCAGCAGCUGACGGGUGAGGGCAGGCUGCUGCUGUGGAGGGAAUCUGAGGAACUGUGGAGCUCUGCAAACUCAAAAGGAACCAGAUGAUGUUAGGACAUGAGUAGCUGCUUGAAUUU